AUUUUUCUCACUUAUGCCCUAACUUCACACCAUGGCGAUGUUCCAAUUGAGCAGCCUGUGGCCAUUGCUGGUUCUUUUUGUGGCAGCGGCACAUCUACGAAAUAAUGGCUUCCAACUCUUUAACAGGGAGAGAUUCUGUCAACAAUUACGCGCGCUAUCACCAUUAGCCAAAGAUAUAAAUUGCGCUAUUCUGGAUGAGAAUGACAUACGGGCAAUAACAGAAGCAAUAGCAGCCCAAGGAACUCUGAUUCCAGGUCAGACCCCAAAUGCGCUGCUGGACCAGGCUUUAGUGAAUAUCAUAACCAAGCAGAUACAACAAUUUAUCCCCAACCUUCCAACACAUCCUAUAAAUGGUGGAUUUCAGGAUCUCAAUGGUGAAGGCUCUGAGGAAGCUGGUGGUCACGGACAGCAUUGGAGGAGUCCCCAAAGAAACAGACAUCGCUAUAGGGAAGUAAGUUCCGAUGAGAAGAAGCGCUUUUCAACACCAACAGUUACAAGACUUGCAUCAGCGAUUGGUCAGGAAAGAAACAGACAUCGGUUUGGUGGUGUGAACUCCGAAGAGAAGAAGCAAUUUACAACAUCAACAACACCAACACCACCAACUACAGCAGCUAUUGGUAAACGUCACUUGAAGAAACAACAAAGAAACAGACAUCGCUUUGGUGGUGGAAGCUCUGAAGAGAAGAAGCUACUUACAACAACAACACCAACUACAACAACAACUAUACCAGCGAUUGGUAAGCGUCACCUGAGGAAGCAACAAAGAAACAGACAUCGCUUUGGUGGUGGAAGUUCCGAAGAGAAGAAGCUACUUACAACAACAACACCAACUACAACAACAACAACUAUACCAGCGAUUGGUAAGCGUCACUUGAGGAAGCAACAAAGAAACAGACAUCGCUUUGGUGGUGGAAGUUCCGAAGAGAAGAAGCUACUUACAACAACACCACCACCAACAACAACAACUAUACCAGCGAUUGGUAAGCGUCACUUGAGGAAGCAACAAAGAAACAGACAUCGCUUUGGUGGUGGAAGUUCCGAAGAGAAGAAGCUACUUACAACAACACCACCAACAACAACAACAACUAUACCAGCGAUUGGUAAGCGUCACUUGAGGAAGCAACAAAGAAACAGACAUCGCUUUGGUGGUGGAAGUUCCGAAGAGAAGAAGCUACUUACAGCAACAACGUCAGCAACAACUGCAGCAGUGGGAAAACGCCAAGCUCCAACCACCCUUUCACCUUUCAAUUCUAGGCGCCCUCCAAAGAAAACAAGCGUAGCCGGUAUAAUAAAACUCCCACUUAACGCCGAGAGCGUGCGUUUAAGACCUACCAAAAAUAGAUCUAGAUAUGACAACUCUGCACAGACAAGCACUCAAGUGCCAACAAAUGUGAGUAAAGAUUCAGUUUCCGGUGCUAAAGCUAAAAAUCGACCAAGAACAAACCCUCGUUUCAAGCCAUUUUAAGCCAAACGGAUAUUAAGAAAAAGAAUUUUAAUAUGUAACAUUAAUAUAUUAAAAUCUCAAUUAAAACAAAA